AAAAACACACUUGUAAUGGAAAUGUUGAUUAUUUGAAGCCUGGUCUGGCUGAGAAAACCUCAGUGAAGAAAAUCCAUCCCUGUCUUGGGUCCCAAAAUUAAGGAUUUUAUUAAAACUAAAAUCAGUUUACUGUUCAAGAGCAGGUCUACACAAAGUGUGAAAACGGUUGUAUGAUGUUGUCUGUGGAUGAUUUUUAUUUUUUUUAGCUCUGGCCACAGACUGUAUAUUAAGAUCUGUGGGUCUGACCCAGUGCAUAAUCUUUGACAAUUUUAUUUUAAUCUAACAACACCUCGACUUUAUCAAAUGCAAUACUAAAUUGUUAAAUUUCUGUAGAAUACAAGGUUAAAUAAUUGUAACUUUAACUCACCUGUGAUAGCUGCUGUACUCAAACUGUACACAAGGUGUGCGAUGUGUGUAAAUCACACUUCCAGCCAUUAUCAGUUUUAAUGUGCUGGGUUUAAUUUAUACCAUUGUAAUUGGAAUAAUAACAGUAUUUAUAAUAAGUGCUCUAUAAAUUAAGCUAAUCAAGUAGUACAAAGUGCUUUCGCAGAAAGAUAAAAACAUUAAAAUCAUAGCAGUUAAUAAGAGACAACAAUAAAAUGACAAAAUGCACAAAUUAAAGUCCGAUAAAAACAAUAAAAGAACUAGCGGAUCAGAUAAACCCAUUUGUCGUUCUCCUGUGCUAGUCGUUUAUGGCAAUGGUAGCGUGAUGAUUUUACUGUGAAAUGAUGCAUUUUAUUUUCGCACAGGUAUGAAUAUAUAAUAAUGCGUUUGCGCAGCAGCUUAUCAUAAACGAGAUGCACCAUGCAGUGUCGCCAAAUUAAAACAGCGUCGAAGUAGUUGGAAUAACGAACAGUACAGCAACACAAGACACGAUCAAGUGUAGUGAAAGGAAACUGCAGCGUGUCCUCAAGUAGCUUCUCAUCCUGCCCUGACAGGUCAUGUAAGGACAGUUUGGCAGACAGCCGGGUCGGGAAAACAAAUAGUUUAGGGCCCGUUUUAUUUAUGAUUAAUAUAUUUUUUUCUGGAUAACGGAUAACUAAAUCCACCCCACAAAGAGUGUAAUGUAGAGGCAAAUUAUUGUGCAUUUUUGCUAAGUUUUUUAAAUUGUUAGAGCACCGAGAGUCGCUGAGGAAUGACGUCAGGACGUAUCACAUUGAAUGAUGACGCCGUUUGAUCAUUAAAAAAAAAUCUGCCGUUAAAAAAUAUCAGAGAAUUAGGUCAGCAAACUAACACAGUUACCAACGCCCACGGUAUGAAUGUAAACUACAGCGUUUUUGAUUAUGUAACUUUUAAAGAAGCGCGACCUGAGCGUGAAAUAACCUGCGCCGACGAGGAGAGAGAUGUCCGGUGUUUUCAGCAUCUGCACACGGGGGCCGUAGCCGUUAACUGUUAACACCGGUCCGUCUGGCUGGCUUCGGGAGACCCUGCAAGCCCACAUAACGUUAACGCUACCGUAGUCCCGGGCCGGGCUGGGGCUGGAUGGUGAGCCGGGGGAAGGAGAGACACCAGCAGACAGAGCCUGGAGGCUGAUCUGCAGAGACCCAGGAAAUUACUUCUCGCCUCGUCUCGACAGCCUGGUAGCAACAGUGCACGUUUCAGUAGUUCCAGAAGCAGAAAAACAAACCACUCCUCACAGUUGUGAAGAUGCUUUAUAUAAGGAGCAGUGUAAGGCCAAUCAUCAGAAGAAAAAAAACACAAUUCAAGACUCUAGCAUGUGAUCGCAACGACAUGUGAGCCUCAACACUUCUGUCCCAGAUCUUCGUCACCCUGAGGAGAACUAAACAGAGUUUGGGCUGACAAUGUCGAGCCGCCGGAAAUCGACCACCCCUUGCAUGGUGCUGCCCUCUGAUGUGGUGGAGCAGGAGGAGGUGGAGGAGAAAACAGGAAGGGCAAAGGAGGAAGAGGCGGAAGAGGAGGAAGGGAAGGCGAAGGGCGCAGAGGAGGGGCCAACUGCAGGGGAGCUGGAUCAGGCAGUAGUGGUUGUCCCCACCCCUCCAGAUACAGAUGAGCCCAGUGUCUCUGCUGUAGAAGACAGCGAAGUCCUCGGCCCCUCGCUGAAGCGCAGCGCUACAAACCCUCCUGAGGAUCCGAGCAGCAUCCAGCCGAGCCAAGAACAACAGUGUGAUGCCCCUGAGGAGGGAGGAGCAGACCCUGCCUCGGUGGCAGCCAUCUCUCUCAGCAAGACCCCCAUCAUGAGGAUGAAGACCAAAUCGGAACCCAAGAGGAUCGCGGUGUCCCUGAAAUCGGCAGACGAGGCGGUGGAGGGUUUUGGAGGGGGCGGCGAGGGAGAGUUGGGCGGGGAGCAGCAGCCCAUUGAAGCUCCUCUGGGGCCGAUGACACCUGUGGAGAUGCUGCUGCACGACUCCAUGAAGCUCGGGGGAGGUGGUUUGCUGGUCAACUCGCCCUUAGAGCAGCAAAGGAAAUCAUCCACCUUAAACCCCACAGUCCUACCUGCUGGCCUGGCACAGGUUCUCUCUGCGUUCCAGGCCCAGCAGAGUGCAGCAGCUGCUCAGCCUCAGCUACUGAUCCCCCUGAGCAGCAUCCCCUCCUACAGUGCAGCUAUGGACACCAACCCCCUGCUGGGCAGCACAUACAAGAAGUUUCCUUACCCCUCCAUGGCUGAGAUCAGCAGCCUGGCAGCACAGACACAGUUCACAGAGGAGCAGAUCAAGGUGUGGUUCUCAGCCCAGAGGCUGAAGCACGGUGUAAGCUGGACUCCAGAGGAAGUGGAGGAGGCCAGGAGGAAACAGUUUAAUGGCACGGUGCACACGGUGCCUCAGACCAUCACUGUCAUUCCUGCUCACCAACUCUCAGCAGCUGCCAACGGCCUGCAGUCCAUUCUUCAGACCUGCCAGAUAGUGGGACAGCCCGGCCUGGUGUUCACACAGGUUGGCCCAGGGGGGAACCUUCCAGUGACCAGUCCCAUCACUCUGACAGUGGCAGGGCUGCCCAGCCAGUCCCAGAGCUCCAGCAGAGUUUCCUGCCUGCCCACCCCGACAAACAGUGAGCUGAAACGGGCUACCACUGUCCAGCCUCCCUCGCUCUCUCCACAGGAGAACUCGGCCCUCAGCGCUGACACGUUCAGUUUGCGGCCUAAGAAGUCCAAAGAGCAGCUGGCAGAGCUGAAAGCCAGCUACCUGAAAAACCACUUUGUCACUGAUGCCGAAAUCGCCCGGCUGAUGAAGCUCACCAACCUGACAAAGGGAGAGAUCAAGAAAUGGUUCAGUGACACCAGGUACAACCAGCGUAACUCCAAGAACAGCCACGUCAUUGUUUUCCACGACGGAGGGGGCAGAGGGAGUGGCAGCUGUGGUAGCAGUGCCAGCACCACCAUUGUCAUUGACUCAAGCGACGAGACCCCCACAUCCCCCAAUCCUCCACGCACACCUCCUGUGAAGGAGAAGGAGUCUCGGCCCAAGACGUGGAAUCCAUUCCCAGAUUUCACCCUGCAGAAGUUUAAGGAGAAGACUCCGGAGCAGCUGGUGGUGCUGGAGGAAAGUUUUGAGAAAAGCAUCACCCCAUCGGAUGAGGAACUGAGCCGCCUGAGGACAGAGACUAAACUGACGCGGAGGGAGAUUGAUGCCUGGUUCACAGAGAGACGAAAAGUGCCAUCUGUCAGCACGUCCUCCCUGGAUUCUUCAGACGGAGCAAGAGAUGGAGGAACGGGAGCCAGCUCUUCUUCUCCUCCUGCCUCCUCGUCCCGUAAAGGAAGUCAAACUCCUCCCGGCAGUCGCAGUAAGCAGCUGCCCAGCAGCAGCAACAAAGACAUGAAAGAUAAGAGUAAAAAGACUCCAGAGCAGCUCCAUAUCCUGAAAUGUGCCUUUGUGCGGACCCAGUGGCCGACACCAGAGGAGUACGACCAGCUGGCAGAAGAGAGUGGCCUCCCUCGGUCCUACAUUGUCAGCUGGUUCGGGGACUCUCGGUACUCGUGGAAGAACAGUAACCUGAAAUGGUUCUUCCAGUACCAAAGCGGCAACGUCGAAGGGCCGAACGGCGGAGGAGGCAAUAAAAUAGGAAGCAGCACCGGUCGGAAAAGACGUGUGCGAAAUCGUGGUUGGGGGCGGUCCCGCACCAGAAAGCAGCCGCGAAGGUCUGCCUCCUUCAGCGCAGAUGUCGAUAGAUCCCCUCCGACAAAGAAAUUCAAGAGCGGGAGGGAGAUUCUGAAGGAGUACUACCUGAAGCACCGUUUUCUCAAUGAGCAGGACCUAGAUGAGCUUGUCACCAAGACCAACAUGAGCUAUGAACAGGUGAGGGAGUGGUUCGCUGAGGUCCAGCGACGCCUGGACGCGGGGGCAGAUCCCUUCCUGGAGCCGGCUGUAGGAAGGACAGAUGGAGGGGAAGAGGGAGAGGAGACGCAGCGAGAAGCGUCGGCGGCCACCGAGGAGGAGACCAGAACGGGGAUGGGAGACGAGGAUGACGAUGAAGGAGAUGAGGAGGAUGACGGUGAUGACACAGACGACAGCGAGGUUUGGGAGCCGUCACGUAGCGUCAGGAAAUCCUUGUCCGUUUCUGAAGACUAGUGAUUGUGGGAAGCACGGUGAAACGCUAACAGAACGCGGUGCGCUCAGUGCUGGAAGACAGUCAGCUGAACCAAGUCUCGAUUUGCGUGUGUACAUCAUUUGCAAAAUGAAUUCACUAAUUAUUUUCAAACUGACACGACUACAUGAGACUAAAAGGAGAAGGACUAUUAGCUUUAGCUCACUCUCUCAGUACUUUUCUUAUUUACUGUAAGUAAUGUGUAAAAGCUUAGACAAGAAUCACGGUAAAGAAGGAGAUUUUAGCAAACUCUACAAAUCUUAAGUGGCACAGCAAACUUUGAUCAAGCUUAAAAAAAACAGCAGUUACCCAAUUUCAUCAAAAGGAAUAGCAUAAAGGUCAAUCUACAAGCUGUAGAUGAAAACUGUUGAGAUGGUGUGUUCAGACACAUACUUACAGCCAAUUUUUUUUUUUUUUAGAAGCAAUUGAUGAAUACAGACUGAUGGAAAAUGAGAGAUUUUAGGAGGAAUUGACAGUUUUAAUGUCCACCAUGCCCUGUGUUAAAUUUGCACUCGUUGCUUGCUUGAAUGAAGCCAGUAAAGGAAGAUUUAUUUGCACAUUUAUGCUGCAUUUCCUUGACAAGGAGUGUUUGUUAUGCUGUUAUGAGCACACAGGCCUGAUCUCCAAUGUUAUGAAUGUUUCACCCCUGGUCCCAAACUAACAGCACACACAGAAGAAAAGAAGAAGAAAAAGACUUAUCUGGUGUGUUUACUGAGGUGCUUAAAAACGUGUCACAGCUAGAUGUCACUCCUGAGCAACGUCCCCAAUGAAACUAGCCUACAUCUAUUUGUGGAACUGGAGGAUUUUGCUUCUUACAUUAUCUUUUGUUUUCUUGCACCUGUGAAGAUCAUCACAAGGAUCAGAUAUGAAUCAGCAGGUUCUUUGAGCUGACACAGAUUGAUAAUGACACUGAAAGUCAGGCAUUUAAUCUCUCAAAGAUAAACGCCUAAAACAAGAUGAGACAAAUGAAUGCCAUGAUGCUGUUAAAUAACAUAGGAUGUCUACUCAAGUCUUCCCUUUUUAGUGGCUUGAUGUUUCAUGAGUAUUAGUAUUUUUUAAACUGAACACCUGCAGAUCUGAUGGAAAAAUGCCACAGUAUGUGUUUAAUAUGCAUUGCUAUUGAUGUUUUUAAGCAAAUUUUUCACCUUUUUUGAUAGAACACAUCUCGUACUAUUACGACCUUUUUAAAGGACGUCCUGUAGAUUCAGACAGCGUGAGGCUGUUGUCCCAAAGUCAGUGUUGUCUCCUGAGCAGUGAGCUACAGGCAGAGGCACCAUUUGUGAACUAAAUAAUGGCCACUGUGAUGCAAACAUCUGGCUCCACUAAUAGUAAUAAUAGAUUUCGCUGCCGUGUUUCACUUUUACUGGCGGGUUUCUGAUGGGUUGAAUGGAUGGUCUGAAUUUUAAGACGGGGAGUUUUCCCCAAACCAUAUAAACGUAAUCACCAGCUGCAGAUCCAGUGUAAAUUUAGAGUGAGCCAAUCCACAAGUUGUCACCUUGACAAGACUGCAAUCACCACCAAAUCACCGACACCUUUGCCUUUAAGUUUGGGCUCAUCUGCUCAUGUCAAAAACAAGGCCUGUGAAUCAUUUGAGGUCUUGACCCGUACUUUAAGAAAGACUGUUUAACCGUAUUUAAAAUAAUAAUUUGACUCCAGUCUGCACUGAAGAGAAAAACACGAAGCACCUAAACUAAACCUUUUUUAAGAAAAAUGCACUUUGUCCACUGGUGAACAUAGUGGACUAAAUCCUGAUUAGGCACCUUAAUCUCUUAUUAUACCAUGAAAUUGCUCUGAGAGACCAAAUCUGUUUUUUAUGACUACAAACUGAACCAGUAUUUUGCCUUUUUUAUCCUCAGUCUGUUUUCAGGAGGAGGUUUAUCCACUUUUCUAAUAAUAUGUGUUGUUUUCAUAGAUGUCUGUAAGGCUCAAAAAACUUUACAACAAUCACCUGCCGCUUUCUUUCACUAAAUUGCACAACUUGAGCCCCAUUUUUUAUCUUUUCUCCUUUUGAAAAAUGCGCACGUUAUAUUUGUCUUGUAUAUGUUUUGUAUUGUUGCUUUAAAUUGUGGGAAUUGUCUCCCAUCUCUCCGUCUCUGCUCCCACAUACCCCUGUCUGACUCUUUACCCGUCUCUUCAAGUCCAUUUUUGUGAAAUGAAUGCCUAUGAUGUGCACUUCCCAAGACAUGUUUCUGUAAAUUUCAGCAGUGUCCUGUUUGUUCCCUGUCUUAUUAAACUGUCUCCAACGCAGACAGACAGGUCUUUGGGGACAUCUUCAAAAGACUGAAACUGUCCAGAAAAUAAAAAAAGACGUUGUUGGAAAAUUCACUCUCUCUCUCCUGGAAGGAAUUGUUGUGAUGCCUGAAGAAACAGCACAUCAUUCCCUCUGUGGUGGGAAGUCUACCAAAUAAUGCUCCUCUUUCUGACUGUUUUCCUUACGCUUUACCGCAUUAAAUUGACAGGACAGUAGACAGAAAAUUGUCUCGCCUACAGUUCUUCACAAAUAGGGGAGAGACUCUGACGAAGCUUUGCAGAUAAACCUAUGUGCCUACACGGCUCGUAUGCUUGUUUGAACACAAUUUCAGCAACUCUCGACAGAAGACGAGUAGAGAGAAUGUGUCAGUACUUUGGAAAUCGCACCCUGUUGGUACUGUGUGGUUGAGGCUUGUUCAAACGAAGUUGUGAUGCAUGACCGAGCUCUGCUUUCUGUUAACGCUAAAAGAUGCCAUGAUGCUCUGAAGUUAACAUUAGAAACUUCGGUUGUAAGUCCUUAACGGACACCUUGAUUCCGAAUCUUAUUGUAGUUUUUCACCAGGCACUUGUCACACUAUGUGUCAGCACAUUUAGCUGUCCAAAAAGGUUUAAUGAGUAUCUUUGAAAGCUAUGUUGUCUGCUAGCCGUAAGCUAGCUAGUUUGUAGCAACUGAAGAAGAGCUGAGACCUUGACACUUUUUGCCGCGAUGUGACAAGUGCCUGGCUAUGAAAAAUUACAAGAUCAAGUUAAGGUUUACCUUUUGUCUAAUACUGCAUGCAAUAACCAAGACAGACAAUUGUUCAUUUUGUACAUACAAUAUUUUGGGUUGGUAUACUUGGCAAAGUAAAAGCCUAAUCGAAGAUUUUUUAAUACCAAUUUUUACCAAGUUGACUGCUACCAUGGACCUGUUUUCUUUUCAAAAUAGUUUUCCAAUUCAUGGACUCUAGGGACAUUUAUUUAAGUCUUGUCACUGUUAGCUUGGACAGGCUUACUUUAAUUAGUUAGCUUUGCUCAGAAUUAUGGUAUCACCAAAAUUGCGGUCAUUAUGUGUCAGCCAUUUUGGCCCUUUUUUUAACCAUUUGAAUCUUACUACUUCACGUCAGCAAUUUGCUUGUUUUAGUCCACAGGUUAGGCUUAUUCCUGCCCCCAGGUAUCCAGCCCACAGUCUGCGGUGUGCUCUUUCUUUACUAUAGUCAGUCUGUUUUGAAUGGUUUUGUAUGUUUCUAUCUAUGAAAACUGUGUCAUUACAACUCUUUCCAGACAUCAGUGCAUUGUUAACAAGACAGACUUGUACAGUAUGUACAAUAGAGUAGUGCUGUUGAAGUAGAAUCAGUUUUAGAGUUCAGCUAGUGUUGCUUUUUUGGUACUUUGGUUGCAAAACAUAGAAUCAGAACUCAACAGAAAAGACAUGCGCUGUUAGCACUGGGGAUAUAUUUUGCUUGCUUAUAAUAAUCAAAAUUAGAGGCACGACUACUAAGCAGUUUCUAAAGUUACAUCAAAUUCAACAGAAAAUGUAUUUACAAUUAAAUAAUUGUAAUAAAUAAUAAUAAGUGGACAUUUAUGGAAAAUCUAAUGAAAGACACAUCUGUUGCAUUAUAAAAUAUGUACAAUCCAGUGUUAUUGGAGUUUGACCUUUUUAAAAAAAAUCCUCAUACGAGUCCACAAACUUCAUGGAACGGCAAUACUAAAUUGCUGGAGUAGCCCUUUAAUUAUUUUCUGAAGCUGCUACAGUAAGCGAAUUCACCCAUGUUAACUGUUAAUAUUAGGAGCAUGUUAGGUGAAUCAUAAUAGUAGAAGCAGAACCAGCCUGGCUCUGCUACCAUAUAACUGUCUAAUAAAAAUAAAAGUAUAAUAAAGUCACUCUCUUUUGAAUAUUAAUCAUAUAUUUAAAUAGUUUCCCCAGGUUGCUGAGGUGCCGCGUCUGUUCCCUGAGUUGUGAUUUUAUAUCCAACAGUCAUUGUGUAUCCCAGUUAACCUUGUGCAGUAGAGCUAAAUGCUAACUUUGUGAUCUGAGUAGUCUACCUGCUGUCCUAUUAUGCACAUACAGUGUGUCAUAUUUGUAUUCUUCACUAUACUUCAGCUAUAGUCCUCACUCGUUUUUCUGUAUUUAGACAUAGUUGGUUGAAUGUUUCUUAAAGCAAUCAGAGAUUCAAAUGUUUUCACUAAACAGCAGCCAGCUUUUUUGGGGGAGCAAAAUAAAACACCUUGUCAGAAUUGUAAUAUAAUGUAUGAAAAAAUAGAAAUGUUUUUUUAACUCAUUUUUUCUGAUCUAAUUUUUAGCUGUUGACAGUUUUUACCCCAAGUAACUGCUUCUAAAGAGCGUGCUUUGCUUUUAAACACUUUUCUCUUUCUUCCUGCUUCAGUACAACUCAUAUUUCCAGACCUGUUUUACUGAAUGACAGUGAUAUCUCAGCUCUUGUAUUAAGUUACAGUUCUCUGCAGACACAGAGACUUUGGGGAGAGUACAAUGAUCUGUAUACUCUACCUUAAUAAAUGGGUGAGUGUUAAUUUAAACAGAAAUAUUUACUGUGCCAUUUUAAAAUGUGACCCCUGACAUUAACUGACAUUUGGAAAAAUCCACCGUGAACUGGUACGCCCUACCCAGUGAACCUGAUUGCCGACUAGAGGGGAUUCUGUGAAUGAAACUGCCUUACUCAAGGUUGGAUGUUUUGCAAAAGAUGUGGCAGAGUUAAUGUUACCUUUUUACUAUAUCUACAUCUUAAGUUAUUUCUAUACUCUGCCUGUGCAUCAGAAAUGUGUUAAAAACUGAGAGAAUCUGUCAUAAACUUUGAUUAAAUGGUAUGUGAAUGUGUGAUCGCCUCUGCAGGCUUGCUUUAGAGAGCUAAGAAUUCCUUCUGCAGCCCCUGCAAUCAUCAGCUUGUAGCUACCAGUUGUGACGCAGACCAAUUGUGCAAUGUUAAUUUAAAAACCCAGCUGUUAUUGAGGCUCUGGCUUGAUUUAGAAAAGAUUUAUAUUUUAUACUUGUUUGAGGACAAAACCCAAUAAAUUUUGAUCAAAACAUG